AUGACGUCCAUUGCGGAGGGGCUAUUUAAGUCUCUUCCAAAGCCGAAAUACACCGGCGAAGAUGAGGAGUUGCCGCAACACGCGCAGCCCCAUGGUCCGCGGGUUGUUGGCCCCGACCAGAUUGACGAGUCUCAAAUUGUGAUAAGGAAAACCGGCCCCCCUCCCUAUGGAAAUCGAACCGGUUGGCGGCCCCGAGCCGCAGAAGACUUUGGUGAUGGUGGCGCGUUUCCCGAGAUCUUGGUCGCACAGUAUCCGCUGGACAUGGGUCGGAAGGGUACCUCGUCGACCUCGAAUGCUCUCACCGUGCAGGUUGAUGCAGAAGGUAAAGUCAAAUACGAUGCCAUCGCGCGCCGCGGCCACAGUGACGAUCGUGUCGUACAUGCCUCCUUCAAGGAUCUGAUUCCCCUCCGACAACGGGUUGAUAUGGGCGAGGUCUCGCUUGACCGACCAUCGGAGGAAGAGGUCGCGGCCCAAAUGGAGAAGACGAAGAAUGCCCUGGCAAGCCUGGUGGAUGGGGCCCUGGCGGCGCAGAAACCCAAGAACGUGAAGGGUAGUCGUCGGGCCGAGCCAACUUUCGUGCGCUAUACGCCUGCCAACCAGAUGGGCGACACCACCCGGAAGAACGAUCGCAUCAUGAAAAUUGUCGAUAGGCAACAGGAUCCUAUGGAGCCUCCUAAGUUCAAGCAUAAGAAAAUCCCUCGUGGACCGCCCUCGCCACCCCCACCUAUCAUGCAUUCGCCGCCGCGUAAGCUCACGGCCGAGGACCAGGAAGCCUGGAAGAUCCCGCCUCCCGUCUCGAACUGGAAGAAUCCUAAGGGUUACACCGUGCCCCUAGACAAGCGUCUGGCGGCGGAUGGCCGUGGUCUACAGGACGUCACGAUCAACGACAAGUUUGCCCAGUUUGCCGAAGCCCUGUUUACUGCAGACAGACAUGCCCGUGAAGAGGUGCGACUGCGGGCGCAGAUGCAGCAGAAGCUGGCCGAGAAGGAGAAGGCACAGAAGGAGGAACAUCUCCGGGCGUUGGCCCAGAAGGCUCGCGCCGAGCGCGUUGGAAGCAGCCGACGGGAUUCGCGCGCCGCGUCCGGUUCUCGCUCUCGCUCCCGCAGCGGUAGCCGCAGUCCGGCGUAUUCGUCGCGAUCGGGGACGCCCAGUGAGGAUGAAAGUGCCGCGCGGGCACGAGAGCAGAUGCGUCGGGAGCGUCGCCAGGACGCCGAACGCCAACUGCGUCAGUCCCGGAUGGGCACGGAGCGGCGGAUCCAGAUGAUGGCGCGGGAACAGAGCCGGGAUAUCUCGGAGAAAGUGGCCUUGGGACUAGCCAAGCCGACGCAGUCGUCGGAGACCAUGUAUGAUUCCCGUCUGUUCAACCAGACGAGCGGCAUGGACACGGGAUUCAACGAGGAUAACCCAUAUGACAAGCCAUUAUUUGCAGCGCAGGACGCCAUCAACAGCAUCUACCGGCCGCAGGCGCAGGUGGACGUCGACGACGACGAGGGCGGCGAGGGGGAGAUUAGCAAGAUCCAGAAGUCCGGUCGAUUCGAAGUCUUGGGCAAAGCCAAGGAAGGGUUCCGAGGCGCUGCUGAUGCCGAGGAUCGGGACGGACCCGUCCAAUUCGAAAAAGAUACCGCCGAUCCGUUUGGAAUCGACAGCAUGAUCGCUGAUGUGACCAGCGGCGCAGGGCAAAAGCGAUAUGGGAUCCAGGAGGUGGAGCGUGACGACCGAGAGUCGAAACGGGCUCGCGUGGACGACGAGUAA